AUGUUUCGAAAUAGCCUCAAGAUGUUGCUUACUGGUGGGAAAUCGAAUCGAAAAAACAGGUCCAGUGAUGGAGGGAGCGAGGAACCACCAGACCGGAGACAGUCAAGUGUAGACUCUCGGCAGAGCCGCUCUGGGCAAGGUGGCACCUCCACGGAGAGCGACUGUACUUUUGAGCCCGACUAUGCUAUCCCACCACUCCCAGUGAGCGAAGGGGAUGUGGAACAGGAGCUCGGCCCCCCGCCAUCCGUAGAUGAGGCGGCAAACACACUCAUGACUCGCCUGGGCUUCCUCCUCGGAGAGAAAGUCGCGGACGUCCAGCCGGGGCCCCAGUACAGCAUGGAGGUGCAGGAUGAGGCUCAGACGUCAGCAGUGAGCCAGCGGAUCAGCCCCUGCUCCACCCUGACCAGCAGCACCGCUUCCCCGCCGGCCAGCAGCCCCUGCUCCACCCUGCCGCCGGCCGGGACCAAUGCGGCCGCCAAGGACUGCAGCUUCGGAGCCGUCACCAGCCCCACCUCCACCCUCGAGAGCAGAGACAGCGGCAUCAUCGCUACUCUGACCAGCUAUUCCGAAAACGUGGAGCGCACGAAGUACGGAGGAGAGAGCAGUAAAGACUUAGGAUCUGCAGGAAACCUGAAACCUUGGCAGUCUCAGAAAUCCAGCAUGGACUCGUGCUUGUACCGCGUGGACGAAAACAUGACCGCCUCCACCUACAGUCUGAACAAGAUCCCGGAGCGGAACCUGGACACGGUCCUGUCGCAGUCUGUUCAGUCCAUCCCGCUGUACCUGAUGCCCCGCCCAAAUUCGGUAGCAGCCACCAGCUCUGCCCACUUAGAGGACCUGGCUUACCUGGAUGAGCAGAGACACACUCCUUUGCGCACUUCUCUCCGAAUGCCAAGGCAGAGCAUGGGCAGUGCCCGCACCCAGCAGGACCUGCGAGUUCGAUUCGCCCCAUACCGGCCUCCAGACAUCUCCCUGAAGCCUCUGCUCUUUGAAGUGCCCAGCAUCACCACCGAGUCCGUGUUCGUGGGCCGCGACUGGGUGUUCCACGAGAUAGAUGCCCAGCUGCAGAGCGCCAAUGCCAGCGUGAACCAAGGGGUGGUGAUCGUCGGCAACAUCGGCUUCGGCAAAACUGCUAUCAUCUCCAGGCUGGUGGCCCUCAGCUGCCACGGCACACGGAUGAGACAGAUCGCUUCUGACAGUCCUCACGCCUCCCCAAAACAUGUAGAUUCCAGCCGGGACCCCUCACUUACCCAGCCGCCUUCGGCCCAUUCGUCCGUCACCAGUGGGAGCUGCCCCGGAACCCCGGAAAUGCGACGGCGCCAAGAGGAGGCCAUGCGGAGACUUGCCUCACAGGUGGUCGCCUACCACUACUGCCAGGCGGACAAUGCCUACACCUGCCUGGUGCCGGAGUUCGUCCACAAUGUUGCCGCGCUGCUGUGCCGCUCCCCGCAGCUCGUCGCCUACCGGGAGCAGCUGCUGCGGGAGCCCCACCUGCAGAGCACGCUCAGCCUGCGCUCCUGUGUGCAGGACCCCACCACCUCCUUCCGCCGAGGGGUCCUCGAGCCCCUGGAGAACCUCCACAAAGAAAGGAAAAUCCCAGAUGAGGAUUUCAUCAUCCUAAUUGAUGGACUGAAUGAAGCCGAGUUUCACAAGCCAGAUUAUGGGGACACGAUAGUGUCCUUUUUGAGUAAGAUGAUUGGGAAAUUCCCGUCUUGGCUCAAGCUGAUCGUGACGGUCAGGACAAGUUUACAGGAGAUUACCAAGUUGCUGCCUUUCCAUAGGAUCUUCCUGGACCGACUGGAAGAGAACGAAGCCAUCGACCAGGACCUCCAGGCUUACAUCCUUCACCGGAUACACAGCAGCUCAGAGAUCCAGAACAACAUCUCCCUCAACGGCAAAAUGGACAACACCACCUUUGGCAAACUCAGUUCUCAUCUCAAGACCCUCAGCCAAGGGUCCUACCUGUACCUGAAACUGACCUUUGACCUCAUAGAGAAGGGUUACCUGGUCCUGAAGAGUUCUAGCUACAAAGUGGUCCCCGUGUCCCUCUCGGAAGUGUACCUCUUACAGUGCAAUAUGAAGUUCCCCACCCAGUCUUCCUUCGACCGGGUGAUGCCGCUCCUUAACGUGGCGGUGGCCUCGCUGCACCCCCUGACAGACGAGCACAUCUUCCAGGCCAUCAACGCGGGCAGCCUCACAGGCACCCUGGAAUGGGAGGACUUCCAGCAGAGGAUGGAGAACCUUUCCAUGUUCCUCAUCAAGCGCAGGGACAUGACGCGCAUGUUCGUGCACCCGUCUUUCCGGGAGUGGCUCGUCUGGAGGGAGGAAGGGGAAAAGACCAAGUUUCUGUGUGACCCCAGGAGUGGCCACACGUUACUUGCCUUCUGGUUUUCCCGCCAAGAGGGCAAGCUCAACCGACAGCAGACCAUUGAGCUUGGACACCACAUCCUCAAAGCGCACAUCUUUAAGGGUCUGAGCAAAAAAGUCGGGGUGUCAUCCUCCAUCCUCCAAGGUCUCUGGAUCUCCUACAGCACCGAAGGGCUUUCCAUGGCACUUGCAUCGUUACGGAAUCUCUACACCCCCAACAUAAAGGUCAGCCGACUGCUGAUCUUAGGAGGGGCCAACAUUAAUUACCGGACAGAAGUUCUAAACAAUGCCCCGAUCCUGUGUGUUCAGUCGCACCUGGGUUAUACAGAGAUGGUCGCUCUGCUGCUGGAGUUUGGAGCCAAUGUGGACGCCACUUCGGAGAGCGGCCUGACUCCACUUGGGUAUGCCGCCGCGGCCGGCUACCUGAGCAUCGUCGUGCUGCUGUGCAAGAAGCGGGCCAAGGUGGAUCAUUUAGACAAGAAUGGGCAGUGUGCCCUGGUCCAUGCGGCGCUCAGAGGCCACCUGGAGGUAGUCAAAUUCUUGAUCCAGUGUGACUGGACCAUGUCCGGGCAGCAACAGGGCGUUUUUAAGAAGAGCCAGGCCAUCCAGCAGGCUCUCAUCGCUGCAGCCAGCAUGGGCUACACAGAGAUUGUCUCCUACCUGCUCGAUCUGCCCGAAAAAGACGAAGAGGAAGUGGAGCGAGCCCAGAUCAACAGCUUUGACAGCCUCUGGGGAGAGACAGCCCUGACAGCAGCAGCCGGAAGGGGCAAGCUGGAGGUGUGCCGCCUGCUUCUGGAGCAAGGAGCCGCGGUGGCCCAGCCGAACCGGCGAGGGGCAGUCCCACUGUUCAGCACCGUGCGGCAAGGCCACUGGCAGAUCGUCGACCUCCUCCUCACCCACGGGGCUGAUGUCAACAUGGCCGACAAGCAAGGCCGCACCCCGCUAAUGAUGGCAGCUUCUGAGGGACAUUCAGGGACGGUGGACUUUUUAUUGGCGCAAGGAGCGUCCAUUGCGCUGAUGGACAAGGAAGGGCUGACGGCCUUGAGCUGGGCGUGCCUCAAGGGCCACCUGUCAGCGGUAUGCUCCCUUGUGGAGAAUGGAGCAGCCACGGACCACGCCGACAAGAACGGCCGUACCCCACUGGACCUGGCGGCAUUCUACGGGGACGCCGCAGUGGUCCAGUUUCUGGUGGAUCACGGGGCCAUGAUUGAGCACGUCGACUACAGUGGGAUGCGUCCGCUGGACAGGGCAGUGGGCUGCCGCAACACUUCCGUCGUCGUCACCCUUCUGAAGAAAGGAGCCAAGAUAGGUCCAGCCACGUGGGCGAUGGCCACCUCCAAGCCUGACAUCAUGAUCAUCCUGUUGAGCAAGCUGAUGGAGGAGGGGGACAUGUUCUAUAAGAAGGGAAAAGUGAAGGAAGCUGCCCAGCGCUACCAGUACGCCCUGAAGAAAUUCCCCCGGGAGGGCUUCGGCGAGGAUCUUAAGACCUUCCGGGAGCUAAAGGUGUCCCUUCUCCUCAACCUCUCCCGAUGUCGCAGGAAAAUGAAUGAUUUUGGAAUGGCGGAGGAAUUUGCUACUAAAGCCCUGGAGCUGAAACCGAAAUCUUAUGAAGCUUACUAUGCAAGAGCGAGGGCAAAACGCAGCAGCAGGCAGUUUUCAGCAGCGUUGGAGGACCUGAACGAGGCCAUCAAGCUGUGCCCAAACAACCGUGAGAUUCAGCGGUUGCUAAUGAGAGUGGAGGAGGAAUGUAGGCAGAUGCAGCAGCAGCAACAACAGCAGCAGCAGUUGCCAGUGGAAACCGAGCCCGAACCCCAGCCUGAAGAUCUCUACUCCGUCCAAGACCUCUUCGAAGAGGAGUAUCUGGACCAGGAUGUGGAAAACGUCUCCGUCGGCCUGCAGACCGAGGCACGGCCCAGCCAGGGGCUGCCCAUCCUCCAGAGCCCCCCAUCUUCUCCAGCUCACCGGGAUUCGGCCUAUCUCUCAGGCUCCCCCCUCGGGUCCCACCAGGCGUUCGACUUCCGUUCCAAUAGCUCGGUCAGCUCUCCCACCCGGCAGGGCUACCAGCCCACCUCCCCCGCGCUCUCCCCGACCCACCAGAACUCGCACUACCGGCCGAGUCCUCCCCACACCUCGCCGGCCCAUCAGAGCGGGUCCUACCGCUUCAGCCCGCCGCCGGCGGGCGGCCAGGGGAAGGACUACCCGAGCCCGCCCCCCUCGCCUCUCCGGCGGGGCCCCCAAUACCGGGCCAGCCCCCCGGCGGAAAGCAUGAGCGUCUACAGGCCGCAGUCCGGCUCCCCCGGGCGGUACCAGCAAGAGGCCAACGCCAGCCAGCUGGUCGGUCGGCCCAAGUCUCCGCUGUCCAAGAUGGCCCAGAGGCCCUACCAGAUGCCCCCGCUUCCGGUCGCCGUGCCCCAGCCGGGGCUCCGGCUGCAGCCCGCCAAGGCCCAGAUCGUCCGAAGCAACCAGCCGAGCUCGGCCGUGCACUCGAGCGCCGUCCUGCCCAGCGGGGCCUACGGCCAGAGGGCCCACUCUAUGGCCGGCAAGUAUCCAGGGGCCGCCCCGGGGGAGCCGGUGGGGAGCCAGAGCCGGCUGGUCUACCAGGGCUCCAUGGGGGGGAUCAUCGGGGACGGGCGGCCCACACAGCACGUGCAGGCCAGCCUGAGCGCCGGGGCCAUCUGCCAGCAUGGCGGGCUGGCCAAGGAAGACCUGCCCCCACGGCCCUCCUCAGCCUACCGCGGGGGCAUGCGGUACAGCCAGACCCCGCAGAUCGGCCGCAGCCAGUCGGCGUCCUACUACCCGGUGUGUCACUCCAAGCUGGAGCUGGAGCGCGCCACCGACAUGGCCCACCUGAUCAGGAGACCCGUGGCGGUGGCGGCCGUGGCGGCGGCCGCGGCGGUGGCCAACCCCGGUGACGCCAAGCCCCACCCACCGACCCCCCGGCCGCUCUUGCACUCACAGAGCGUGGGCCUCCGCUUUUCGCCAUCCAGCAACAGCCUCUCCUCCUCCUCCGGCUCCGGGCUGGCCCCCACCUUCCGCCCGUCCUCCUCCUCCUCUUCGUCCUCUUCCUCCGGCCAGCAGAUGGACAUCCCGCUCAAGCCCACGUACGACAGGGCCUGUGACGAGCUCUCUCCGGUCUCUCCGACCCAGGGGGGCUACCCCAGCGAGCCCACCCGGUCCCGGGCCACGCCGUUCAUGGGCAUCAUAGACAAAACAGCCCGGACUCAGCAGUACCCCCACCUCCACCAGCAGACCCGCACCUGGGCCGUGUCUUCGGUGGAUUCGGUCAUCAGCCCGACCUCCCCAGGCGGCCUGCCCCAGCCCGAGUCCUUCAGCCCCCCAUCUUCAAUCGGCAACAUCGCCUUCUACAACAAAACCAACAACGCCCAGAACGGCCACCUGCUCGAGGACGACUACUACGGCCCCCACGGGCUGCUGGCCAACGGGUCCCGUGGGGACCUCCUGGAGCGGGUCGGCCAGGCGGCCUCGGCCUACCCCGACGUCAAGGUGGCCAGGACACUGCCCGUGGCCCAGGCCUACCCGGACAACCUGUACCGGCAGCUCUCCAGAGACUCGCGGCCUGGCCAGACGUCCCCCAUCAAACCAAAGAGACCGUUUGUGGAGUCUAAUGUGUGA